AGAGAACUGUAAAUGUGUAGCCAAAUACAUAUUCUUUACUCUCCUUUCAUUACACAACAGUGAAUUUACGCCAAUACUCUGUCACGACGACGCUACACUCCACAGACUCCACGUGCUCACAUUGAAAAUGGAAGAAAAGUUGGUAAAGAAGAAAAAACGAGGCAUCAUUUAUUUAUCUACCAUACCAAGAUAUAUGAAUGUCACGAAAAUUCGAGAAAUUUUUUCUGCGUACGGAGAAGUCGGUCGAGUUUACUUGCAAUUAGCUGAUAAUGAGCAUGAUGAUAAUAAGAAUAAAGUAAAAAAGAAAAAGAGGAAAAUGCCAGCAAAGCAUUUUACGGAAGGAUGGGUGGAAUUCGAAAGCAAAAAGGUAGCCAAGUUUGUUGCUGAAACCUUAAAUAAUAAACAGGUUUCUACUAGGAAGAAAAGUAGAUUUUACGAUGUUAUUUGGAAUAUCAAAUAUUUACCCAGAUUUAAAUGGACUCAUCUUAGUGAAAGGUUGGGUUAUGAACGUGCUGUCCAUAAACAAAGGGUAAGGACUGAAAUUGCCCAAGCAAAAAGAGAAACCAAUUUCCUUUCUGCUAAUAUGGACAGAAGCAAAAAAUUAAAAGCGAGAUUUGAAAAAGGAGAAUCUUCAAAUUUUGUUAUACCAGAAAUUAAACAAAGAGAAACUGAUAUGGAGAUUAAAAAGAGAAAAAAUGAGCCUCAAAAUGAAGAUAGAACUGAGUUUCUCAAAUCAUUGUUUGGAUAA